ACACGUUUCAUACAUAUUACGUGGCUAAGCAUGCGCACUUGCUGUUAGCAUCAUGGCGAACGACAAUGUAGACGAACUUUUUGAAAUCCGGACUGCUUUUUAUAUAGGAAAUUACCAACAAUGUAUCAACGAAGCUCACAAAAUGAGGCUAAACAACCCAGAUUUGAAAACCCAACGAGAUGUAAUAAUGUACAGGGCGUUUAUUGCUCAGAGGAAAUUUGGAGUUGUACUUGAUGAAGUGAAUUCUACUUAUGGUCCUGAACUUCAAGCUGUUAGGAUGUUGGCAGACUAUUUAGCAAAUGAAAACAAACGAGAUGCUAUUCUUCAUGAGCUAGAUACCAAGAUGAGUGGCAACGUAGACAUCAGCAACAGUACAUUUUUGCUAAUGGCUGCUUCUAUUUAUUUCAAUGAAUUGAAUUAUGAUGCUGCAUUGAGAGUAUUGCACCAAUCUGAUUCCCUGGAAUGCAUUGCUUUGUCUGUUCAGCUGUUAUUGCGACUUGAUAGAGUUGAUCUUGCAAAAAAAGAGCUGAAGAAAAUGCAAGACGCUGAUGAAGAUAGUAUUUUAACCCAAUUAGCAUUGGCUUGGUUUAAUUUAGCUGUGGGUGGUGAAAAAUAUCAAGAUGCUUACUACAUCUUCCAAGAGCAAGCAGAUAAACAUGCAGCUACUCCACUUUUAUUGAAUGGUCAAGCUGCUUGCUGCAUGGCCCAGGGACAUUUUGAAGACGCUGAAUCACUGCUUCAUGAGGCUAUGGACAAAGAUAGUAACAAUCCAGAGACCCUGGUGAAUAUGAUUGUCCUUUCACAACAUUUGGGUAAAGCACCAGAAGUCGCUAACAGAUAUAUCUCUCAAUUGAAGGACUCACAUAAAAACCACCCUUUUGUUGUAGAUUAUUUACACAAGGAGAAUGAAUUUGACCGUCUUGUGAGAAACUAUGGACCAAGUGUUACAGCCUAAAUGUAUUGAACUUACAUUGAUGAAAUCAGAAAAUACUUUACAUCAGCUAUUACUCUGUUUCUCUAUUUCUGGACCAUUAUUUCUAUUAUAUGUAACAAUUGUCUUAUUUUUCUGCAAAACUAGAAUAAAAUUAUCUCAGUUAUA